CUCGGCCCUCCGCACGACUCGAGCGCACCAAAGCAGUGUGACUCGCUGACAUUUAACCAAAGCUGCCGCCCCCUUCUCCUCACUCUCUGCUGUUAUUCUGGUUGUGGACUGACUGCGACAGCUGCCAAUGUGUGGUUCAUUUUCGUGAAGUUGGGGAAAAACUGAAGGCAUGCCGCUGGCUCGCAGCCUGUCCGUCACGUCCCUGUCAGGACUGGAGGAAUGGGACGAGGAGUUUGAUUUGGAGGAUGCCGUCCUUUUUGAAAUAGCCUGGGAGGUUGCUAACAAAGUCGGAGGCAUCUACACCGUCAUCCAGACCAAAGCCCGUCUGACCUCAGAGGAAUGGGGGGAGAACUAUUUCCUGGUGGGUCCCUAUGUGGAGAGCAACGUGCGCACUCAGGUGGAGCUGAUCGAGCCCACUAACCCCGCACUGAAGCGGAGCAUUGACAAGAUGAACUCCAGUGGGUGUAAGGUCUACUUUGGCCGCUGGCUUAUUGAAGGCAGUCCCUAUGUUGUGCUCAUUGAUGUCGGAUUCACCGCUUGGUCUUUAGACCGCUGGAAGAGUGAGCUGUGGGAGCUUUGUUCUGUUGGUGUGCCGUGGUUCGACCGUGAGGCCAAUGAUGCAGUGCUGUUUGGUUUCCUGACUGCCUGGCUUCUGGGAGAGUUUGCAGCCCAAUGUGAGCAACCUCCACACAUUGUGGCCCAUUUCCAUGAGUGGCUGGCAGGUCUUGGGCUGGUGUUAUGUAGACAGAGACAGCUUCCUGUUGCAACCAUCUUCACUACACAUGCUACACUCUUGGGGCGCUACCUGUGUGCUGGAAAUGUGGACUUCUAUAACAACCUAGCAGAGUUCAAUGUAGAUAAGGAAGCAGGCGAUCGACAGAUCUACCAUCGUUACUGUUUGGAGCGUGCAGCGGCGCACUGUGCCCACGUCUUCACCACAGUGUCUCAAAUUACAGCCAUUGAGGCAGAACACCUGCUCAAGAGGAAACCAGAUAUUGUGACUCCUAAUGGGCUCAAUGUGAAGAAGUUCUCAGCUAUGCACGAGUUUCAAAACCUCCAUGCUCAGAGCAAGAGUCGGAUUCAGGAGUUUGUCAGGGGACACUUCUAUGGACACCUGGACUUCAACUUGGACAAGUGUUUGUUCCUCUUCAUUGCUGGAAGGUAUGAAUUCUCCAACAAAGGAGCCGACAUCUUCUUGGAGGCUUUAGCCAGACUCAACUAUCUACUGAGAGUCAACCACAGUGAUGUGACUGUGAUUGCGUUUUUCAUCAUGCCAGCUCGGACGAACAACUUCAAUGUGGAGACCUUGAAGGGUCAAGCAGUCAGGAAGCAGCUCUGGGAUACUGCUCAGACUGUGAAGGAGCGCUUUGGGAAGAAACUUUAUGAGUCACUCCUAGUUGGGCAGCUGCCAGAUGUGUCAAAAAUGCUGGACAAAGAGGAUUUCACCAUCAUGAAGCGUGCCAUCUUUGCCACUCAGAGACAGUGCCAGCCACCAGUCUGCACCCAUAACAUGCUGGAGGACAGCAGUGACCCCAUCCUUAACUGUGUUCGCCGCAUCGGCCUUUUCAACAGCUCUGCUGACCGGGUCAAGAUUAUCUUCCAUCCUGAGUUCCUUUCAUCCACCUCUCCUCUUCUUCCAAUGGACUAUGAGGAGUUUGUAAGAGGUUGCCAUCUUGGCGUCUUCCCCUCUUACUAUGAGCCUUGGGGCUACACACCAGCUGAGUGCACGGUCAUGGGAAUUCCAUCGAUCUCCACUAACCUCUCGGGCUUUGGCUGUUUCAUGGAGGAACACAUAGCAGACCCAACAGCAUAUGGUAUUUACAUCCUGGACCGCAGGCAUCGGGGGGUGGAUGAGUCAUGUAACCAGCUCACUUCCUUCCUGUUCCAGUUCUGCAAGCAGAGCCGGCGCCAGCGGAUCAUCCAGAGGAACCGCACUGAGCGCCUGAGUGAUCUCUUGGACUGGAGAUACCUCGGCAGGUAUUAUAUAGCUGCCCGCCACAUGGCCUUGGCUAAAGCCUUCCCUGACACCUUCAUAUAUGAUCCUCAUGAGCCAACUCAAACCACCGGUUUCCGUUACCCCCGACCAGCCUCUGUGCCACCAUCUCCAGCCCUGUCUCGCCACUCCUCCCCGCACCACAGUGAGGCUGAAGACAACGAGGAGGACGAGCGCUACGACGAGGAUCUGGAGGCCGAGAAGGACAAGGUGAACAUCCGCCAGCCCUACACCCUGCCUUUCAAAAACAAGUCCAAUGCUGUCACUGGGGCCAAUGGGAACGGUGACAAUGUGACGAGCGUGAAAAACUGAGACCGACGCACUACUGCUAAACCUCACUCGUGAAACUGUGGUUCAAGUCAUCUGUGUACUCGCAAACCUUACAAAUGAGCGUGGCUGUGUGAACGCGUGUGGUGAAUUUAAUAUUGGCAUGUUGUGACAAAAUGCAUCACUGUCAGUGUCUUCCCGACCUGUGCGUACCUCAAUUGGUUUGAUAUAUUUUGGUAUUGUUUCAGUUACACCAGCAGUGCAAACAGUAGUUUGCUUUGUGGAGUUAAAUGGCAGAUCAACACAGGAAAAUAAAUCAGGAUUGCUGGAUUUUUGUAGAGUACUAACAGUGAAUAACAUAGAUGUAACAGAGGAUUAUUAGUAGCAGACUGUGGAGUUUGAUUUUAUACUUGAUUCAAACAUAGGUCAGAGCCUAACCCUCCUUUUUUUUUCUCUUUUUUUUUUAAAACCAGCUUAUCAUCUGUACAAGUUCAAAACAGGAUGCUUCCUGUGAAAAGCCCCACAUUAACGGUAUUAUGCAUUAAGAGCCAGAAAGAGCUUCUGCUCUUUUUUGUUUUGCUUUUUUUUUCACUUGUGGCCCACCUAAUGUGACAACCAUACAGUGCUUCAGACUUCGUUUUCUGCCUUGUAGAAUUUUUCUUUUUCUUUCACACGCCUUGUUCAUUACAAAACUGCCCAGAAUGGAAAUAAGAUCCAGAGCACACACUUAAAAAACACACUGCUGAAAAUGUUCACAUUUUGAGAAUACUGUCAGGUGUGUGUGUGUGUGUGUGUGUGUGUCCUCAUUUUGUUUCUAUGCCUUACAGUAUCACAGUUUGUCCACUGUACUCCUGUUCUGUGUGUGCACUUGUGUGUGAAGAUCGUUAUUCCUUAGUUUACCUGUUUCAGCAAGUAUUUAUUUGUGAAAGGGAAAGAGGUGAAACGUAGGGGAAAUGGUACUGUGUCCUGAGAUGGCAACUAUACUUUCAGGUAGAAGACCUGAGAGCAAGAGGGCUGAGAAAUAUGCUACUGUAUGUGUUGACUGUUUGUCUUGGAGGAAGAAAAACGGUUUUACCAGGCGUAUACUGUCACUAUCACUCCAUGUAAGAGUUAUAUAAUUUGCUACAAUCUUGCACCAGAUGAAAAUAUAAUAAA